CUCUUGUCGCUAUGGUAACGGAGAAGGGGGGCUCACGGCCAGAGGGAAGGAGAAGAGAGGUACCCAGACUCAUCACAUGACCGCUCCUCCUCUUGUUAUCUCUGUGUUGGAUAUACAUCGUUUGUUGUUGGACCCGGUGCGACGUUAGAAUCAGUCAGCGGACGAGAAACCCGUUCUCUCCUCGAGUAGAUUUGAAGGUCCAUUGAACGGGACUCGACAUGUCAGACGUAGUUCCUCCUGAAGUGAAACCCAAACCAGCUGUCCCUGCCAAGCCCCCAAAUGUGGGGGCUCCUUCCCCAUCCAGCCCCUUCCCACCCCAGGGGCAGGGCAUCGGAGGAGGAGUCGGCGUCUCCGCACCUCCUCCGAGUGGCAUUCCAGUCCCAAUCGGGAGUCACGGCCUGGGCCAUGGAGGCAGUCAUGCCAUUGGUCAUGGCGUGGGCCACGGUGCUGGGCAUGGCGGGAGUCACGCUGCAGCACACAGCGGGAGUCACGGCCACGCCACCUCCCACAGCUCCGGCGGGGGAUCCACUCUGCUGGGCUACAUUGGUAUUGACACUAUCAUUGAGCAGAUGAGAAAGAAAACCAUGAAGACAGGCUUUGACUUCAAUAUCAUGGUAGUUGGCCACAGCGGUUUGGGAAAGUCCACUCUUGUGAACACCUUAUUCAAGUCCCAGGUGAGCAGGAGGAGCGCAGGAUGGGCCCGCGAUGAGAAGAUUCCCAAAACUGUGGAGAUCAAAUCAGUGUCGCAUGUCAUUGAGGAGGGUGGAGUGAAGAUGAAGCUGACAGUCGUUGACACUCCAGGCUUCGGAGACCAAAUCAAUAACGACAACUGCUGGGAGCCGAUUUCCAAGUACAUCAAUGAGCAGUAUGAGAAGUUCCUAAAGGAAGAGGUCAACAUCACCAGAAAGAAGCGCAUCCCAGACACCAGGGUGCACUGCUGUAUCUAUUUCAUCUCCCCAACCGGACACUCUCUUCGGCAGCUAGACACCGAGUUCAUGAAGCGCCUGAGUCACUCAGUCAACAUUAUUCCCGUCAUUGCUAAGGCAGACACGAUGACCAUUGAGGAGAGACAGGAAUUCAAACAGCGGGUAAGGAAGGAGCUGGAGAUGAGCGGGAUCGAGUUUUACCCACAGAAGGAGUUUGAUGAGGACAUGGAGGACAAGAGCGACAAUGACAAGAUCAGAGAGGCGAUGCCCUUUGCUGUGGUGGGCAGCGACAAAGAAUAUCAAGUGAAUGGCAAACGAGUUCUGGGGAGAAAGACAGCGUGGGGAAUCGUAGAAGUUGAAAAUCCCAACCAUUGUGAGUUUGCUCAGCUGAGAGAUUUCCUAAUCAGGUCUCACCUCCAGGAUCUGAAGGAGGUUACCCAUAACAUUCACUAUGAAACUUACCGUGCCAAGAGACUUAACGAGAAUGGAGGUCUGCACCCCAUAUCCUCCAACGAUACCCAAGAAAGCAACCUGUAGUCAGUCAGUCAGUCAGGGGAGUUCAGACAGGGUGAGAGUGAGCAAUGAACAGAUGAAUUGAUAAGUGAAUCUAUAGAAUAUUAUUAUCAGUCACCACAGCAUCAGCUGCAUGCUUGGAAAAUAUAUAAAAUCUGUAAAAAUGGGUGUCAUUUAGUCAUGUCAUUUUUUUCUGAUUCCAUACUCCACCCAUCGUUUAAUCCACUUUCUUCCCAUGUCAUCCUGACACAUGCACAUAUCAUACUCCUCUUGUUCCAUUUCAAAGUCAAUAUUCCUUUGAGUAUUUGGAUGAAAGGACAGCCCCACUCCAGAGACUUAGUGCCAUUAUAAAAUUAACAUCUUAUCUACUGCCAAUGCCUUUUUAUUUAUCAUUGACCAGGUAGUAUGAGUUUAGAAAGUGCCAUGUUACUAUGUGUAUAGGAGGCUAAUUUUUAAGUUUAAGUGUUGUGUAGCAACUAAUGUCUGAAUUCAGACAAAUUAAAUGAUUUGCUCUCAAUAUAAAAUUCAUAAUUCCUGUGUAGUAGUGAUGCAUGAGCCAGCUCUGCAGUUGACUCUGUACAAAUUGCUUUUUUAAAAUUCUCAGCAGCAGCUGUUCAUUUGAAGAAAGACUCCCCAUAGCUUUACUGUCAGGAGGGCUUAACAAACAUUAGGAGCACUGCUGUCUCCGCCCUCAUGAAGAAAAUAAAUGAAAUUUCUCUUAUGAAAGUUCCCUCGCUCUGUUUUAAGUUUGAUUUUUCUACUUUAAAAUAGUUUGCUUGUGCAGACCUGCAUACUAAGAUGAGAGACAGCUGCAAUAUCAGUCACAUAUGAAAUGCACUUCAGUGGGCGGUGGUGUGUGCGUAAUUAAAGAGUCCACGGGGUGCAUGACUGUGUAUACUCUACACUCCAGAUUCUGUGAUUCUGUGAUUCACCAUAAUAGAGCAAAACACAAACUGAACAGUUUGGGACAAUUCAGCACUGCAUGCUUUAUUACACCGCAGUGGAUGCAUUUGUGCUGUGCUCAACUGCAUUGGCUAUGUUCUUACAGUGACAGUGAGGGAUAAUUGAUGAGUGGUUUAAUUAUUAUUAAAUAUCACUUUUUUCUUUUUUUUGGAGUCAGCUGGACACUGUGAAUGCACCCAGUUUUAAUGUUGAUCUAAAAGUGUGCAGUGUUUAAUUUAAAAUGUAUUACUUUAUGGAAAUAAAAGAGUAGCAUGGCCAACAAUUCCAAAAAUAAAUAAAUAAAAUUUCAUAUAUAAGCUUGUUCAAGAGGAGUAAAUUGUGUAAAAUCUGUCAAUGAAAACCACUAGCCUUUGCUCAAGUUUAUUUAUUUAUUUUUAUUUGGUAGGCUUGGUUGAUUUAAUGCAUUUUUCUCCUCAUUGUAUCCACUGGCCAUUCAUGAACAGAUUAUUUUCUGACCCAAAAGAAAUCCAGUCCGCUGGUUUAAUCUGUAUACCUGUGCAAUAAGUCUGGCUGAACUGAAAAUUAUUAUUAGUUUGAUGUCAUGUGCCAUGAGAAGUAUUUGUGAACACAGCAAAGCUCUGACUCGGAGACGAGGACAGUAUUUUGCCUGGUUUUGUGUUGGUGCCAGUUUAAAAUUAAAUUCCUCUUUCUCACCACUUGAUGGCAGCACUCUGCCAUGUAAAAACAGUGACUUGACAGAACAAGAAACAAGCACUUGGACCAGCUUUAAUGUCCUGUGCUGACAUUCCCAUUGUUGAGAUUUUUCAUGUCUAUCAAAUCCAGUCUCAUUUCCUGAUGAAGUUUACAGAGUUUGGAUCUUCCACUGCAGUGAUAACUAAUAUAUCUCUCCAGAUCAGGUUUACAGGAAGCUUCAAGCUUUAACCCAAUAGUAUGCACUCAAUGUGUGGGUGUAAUUAUUCAAAAUCAAUAAAUUUAUAAAGUUGUAAACAUGUUUACCAAGUUUUCUUCAGGAACUCAAUAUUUACACAUUUCUGCCAUGUACUGUCUGCAGUAGAGCACAAGGAUGCCAAAACUACAAGUAAUUCAAUCUAUCAAUAUCUCAUCAAUAUUUUUGUUUUAGGUUGAAUCAACAUUUUAUACAAUCAUACAUGUUUGUGCGAUUUUGAUAUGAAAUGUGACGUCUGCAACAAAUGAUAAUAGUCGUCUGUGAUAUUAGUGCAGUCAAAGGUUUUCAAGCUGAAAUUUGAAAGUGUUUAUGUGAGCAUGCUUGUGUCCAUAUUGCCUGUUUGCUUACAGCCAAUCAGUUCAAACAUCAACGCAACUUUACAUCAAUUUACCAACUAUUUCUGAGUGUGUAAUGUAUGCAUUAAACUACUAUAUCAUGAGGUGAAAUGCUGUCUUAACUCCUGUAACUAAACUGACGGCCCACUAUCCACAUAUCACUCAUCCCUUUGAAUCAGUAGAACUUCACAAUGUAAAUUUAUUUAAUAACCACCUUUCUUAAAGUUGCUGUGACACAUUGAGGCAUAAUUUCCAGUGUUAUAUUGAGUUAUUUAUACAUUAAUGUCAUAUUAUUGUAAUUUAUUCUUUAUUUAAUAAAAGCACAUUUCCAUGUUUUUUGAAA